AGAGCUGCAGGUAAACAAGGGGGAGAAGCUGCUCGGUGGGUCCGAUGAAAUCAUGAGGAUUUCACGCAGCUAAAAUUAUUCCUCGGGGUGAAUUUCCGGUGGGCUCGGGUGGAGCAGGUGUAGGACAGAUAAACCCAGUCGGCAGCGGAGGCAGUCCCUGCCAUCUUUUUUGAAGCAUGGCAACCAGACGGAAAUUUGAUUUCAACUUCAAAGAGACGGUUUUGAAAUUCGCGGAGGAAAACUCAGUAGAGAAAACUGCAAGGCUCUUUAACAUCGACUCCAAAAGAGUCCGAGACUGGAGGAAGCAGAAGGAGGCGCUGCUCCUGGGGGACCAUGGGAGAGCACGGUUAGCUGGCGGCGGCAGGAAGAAGGUGAGCGUGGAGCUCGAGGAGCGGCUCUCCGAAUGGAUCAGCUCGAUGCGGGACAAACAAAAGAGAGUGUCGAGGAGCAUGAUCAAAAAGAAAGCGCUGGAGAUCUACCCUUCCGUCAGCGAUGGAGGAAAGACGUUUGUGGCAAGCACCGGUUGGCUGCAAAAAUUUCUAGAGCGCAACAACCUAUCACAUCGGCGUCGCACCACUGUGCCCCAGGAAGACCCGAAACUUCUCACCGACAGACUCGUUUGGUUUAUCGACUACAUCAGGAAGACGGUGAGCUCCAGGAGGAUUCUAGAGCGGGACAUCAUCGUGAUGGACGAGACUGCCGUUUGUUUUGGUGACAUGGCGCCUCCCACAUCUGACACACAAGGGGCAGAGGGACACAAGAGCAGCAGCCUCACCGUCGUCCUCGCCGCCAAAGCGGAUGGCGCCAAACUGAAGCCUUUCAUUGUCUUCAGAGGGGCUGAUGGUGACGUGGGGGCGGCGCAGCAGGAGAUCUCUGGCGCUGUCAUUGACAUGUCUGUGAAUUGGGGGAUGAGCGACGCUCUCGCCGCACGCUGGCUGCAGUCUGUGGUGGGGAAAUCCAACGGCACCCCACGGCUCCUGGUGUGGGACUCUUACCACUGCCACAUGGGCCCCACCACCAAAGCUGAGCUGGAAUGUGGCUACGACAUCACGAUGGCUGCAAUUCCAGGAGGCUGCGCAAAAUACGUCCAGCCCCCCGAUCUGACGUGGAAGCAGCCCUUCAGGCAGAACGUAUACGACGCCUACAAGCAGUGGGCAGCGGGGGACGCAGAUAAGGAGUACACACCCGGGGGGAGCUUGAAACCUCCCACCCGCCGCCUGCUGGUGGACUGGGUGGUCACAGCGUGGGACAAACUGGACACAGACACGAUAAAGAACUCUUUUAACGUGUGUGCACCGUCUGCGAAAAGCGACGGGAGUGAAGACCGCCUCAUUGUCUGCGUCAGGGAGGGACGGCCCCGUGCGGCCGGGCGGGAGGAGCUCAGUCAGAGCGAGAAGCACCGAGUGGCGCCGAAGGAUGUUAACAAUGAACUUUGUCUUGAUGAUGAGGAUGAUGAGGAGAGCGAAGAGAAGGGCUCUGAGACACCAGCGAUGUCUGUCAUCAUCCAAACACGUGGCGAAGCAGGCGGUGGCGUCGCGGCCCACCUCCAGUGCCCCCUCUGCGGCCAUUUCUCCAAGAGCCACGCCCAUCAGCUGACCCACAUGGCGGCCUCUCACCCCGCCUGCCUGGACUCCGUGGUGGUGGGUCGCCUCGGCAACAUCGUGAUGUACCAGAGCACGGCUCGGCUGUUCCACUGCUCCGACUGCUUCUAUACCAGCCGCGACUUCACCAAGCUGUACAAACACAUCAUCUCCAAACACUGCGUGGACGAGAGGGAGGGGGGCGGAGAUGAGGAGAAGGCGGGGGAGGAAGGGGAGGAGGAGGAGGAGAAGGAGGGAGGGAAGGAUAAAGUGAAGAGUGAAGCGGAGGAGGAGGAGGAGGAGGAAGUGAGGCCCGUUAAAGCUGACAUUGAAGGAGACGAGAGUGUCCUGAUGUUUGACGGCGCCGGCUACCACUGCCUGAUCUGUGGCUGGAAGACAAAGCUGAAAGCUAUGGGUGUCAACCACGUGGUGAGGAAGCAUGACAUCCCCAAAGCAUACGCCGCCCAGGCCGUCAGACGGGAUGCAGGGGCCACCUCCGCCGCUACGCCCAAACAGGCUCAGAGCAGCGGGGCGGAGGAGGAGGAGCCGGGGGCCGGGCUGAGUGGGGAGCUGCUGAAGGAGGAGAUGGAGGCCACGGCCAAAGUGGUGCGCUUCAUCUCCAACCGCUUUGUGUGUCUGAUCUGUGGCUGGAAGACCAAACUGAAAGGUUUCGCCAUCAGUCACGUGGUGCGCAGCCACGACGUGGAGCGUCCGUACAGCUGCAAAGACUGCAAGCGCUCCUUCUUCCUGCCCAGCCGGCUGCAGCAGCACGUCAGGGCGUCUCACCGGCCCGGACGCUACGCCUGCCCCUUCUGCUGCUUCAGGUCACACUUCCUGGGAGGGUUCAGGAGGCACUGCAGCCGCUGCAACGCCCGGGAGGAGGAGGAGGAAGAGGAGGAGGAGGGUGGAGGAGGAGGAGGAGGGGAGGAAGAGGAGAACGAAGAGGAGGAGGAAGAGGAGAGGAGGGAGAGGAGAGGGGCGAGGAAAAGAAGGAGAACAGAGAGGGUGAUAGAGGACGACGAUGACGAAGAGGACGACGACUGAAAGGGUGGAGGAGAGGAUGAGGAGGAUAAGGAUGACAACUGUGGAGAGGAGGACGAUGGCUAAAAGGGUGGA